AUGGAACAACUCAAAAAUUUUACAAUGGACAAAGUCUAUCAAAAAAUAUUUUUGCCUGACAACGAAUUUGAUCAAUGGCUUGUAGAACUUGGACUUUUACAUACAACAAUGAUUUGUGAAUGUGGAAAUUUGAUGAUUGUAAGAAAGCCUAAAAAUGGGGAGCGUUAUGGAAGAUGGCGUUGUAACAUUUCAAAAUGUCGAAAAGAAAAAAGUUUUUUGGCUGGGACGUUCUUUAGUGGAUCCCAUGUUACGACCAAAAAUGUUUUUGCGAUGGCAUAUUGGUGGGCAAUGAAGUUUGGAGGGGAAGAGGAUUGGGUGAGGGAGUUUGGAGUUGCUAGUCACACGGUGGUGGAUUGGCGUAAUUCUUUCAGGGAUGUUUGCGCCCAAUAUUUGGAGAAGACGAACAAUAUUAAGAAGGAAAUCGAGGAACCUGGGGAUGAAGAAGUUGAAGAGCCAUUGCCCGUGAAAAGAAAAUACAACAAGGGAGAACUAAAUAAAGAAGUUUGGCUUUAUGGCGGAGAAUGUUUGUGGAGAAAGAAGUUCGGAUCAAGAAAUGAGAUAUUUUACAAUUUUUGGUUUCAUGUCUCACAUAUCUUUCCAUGUUAUAAGGUGACCGAAUAA